AGAUAACGAUGAGGUACUUUGCCUUAGAGCAACGCGGCUUCUUUGCAGCCGCGCUUUUGCUUUUCCUCGCGGCCCUCCUACUUCCUUUGCUCCGUCCGGCCUCCUCUUUUACACAACAUGAUAACAACGCUGCUUUCAUAGCUAUUCCUACACAUCAACACGGAACAGCUGUUGAUGACUUCACAUCCUUUGGACCUUUUGCAAUCAACAGUCUUUCGCAACGCGUCCAGCUACAAGUUGACGCGGCUUCUAUCUCGCAUACUGCUCCAGACGGCUCCUCUGUAUCAUCUUUAUUAACGUUAACCGCUGCGAAUGUAACGGCUGCGGUUCCUGCUUCUUCGGGUACCAGCACUGCCGUACCGUUGGACGUGGUGGUUACCUACCCCACAUCCGGCGACCCGCCCUUUCCGGUUGUUGUUAUGUUCAAUGGAUUUCAGGUAGCUAACAAGUCGAGAUGUAGCACAGGGCAUGUGUGCCCAGUUUUAUGCACUCCUGGAGUUUGAGGGAGCGCCAAUGCAGCCUUUCGUCUUUCUGUCCGUACACGUUGCACUUUGGGAGCUGCAAACACAAGUCCCACACGUCCGAUAACGGAUUUGGAGGACUCGGCAUCAUUUUCUUCGGCAAGGUCUACCUGUUGUGGAGCACCUGCAUUUCCCCCCCCCGGCCGUCUCCCCCGGACCAGCUCCUGCUUCACCCCCACGGCAACCCCCAUGCAGGCCAGGGCAGCCUGGUACGGCAGCAUCGUGCGCCAAGUGGCCUCCUGGGGCUACGUCGUACUGCAGUACACGUCACUCGGGGUGUUCCCCGUCGUAUCGGACAGGAUCGAGCUGGAAUACCUGCCCCCGCUGCUGCAGUGGCUGUCAGCCCAGUCGGCAGGCAACGCCGACAGCGCCGCCGACCGCCUCCCCGCCAACCCGCUGCUCGGACUAGCAGACACCUCCCGCCUGGCCACCAUGGGACACAGCCGGGGCGGCAAGCUGGCAGCCCUGCACUACGCGGGUAACAUCCUGAACAUCUCCACUGCCGUACUCCUGGACCCCAUUGAUAACACGGACCGGGCGCCGGAGGGCCCGGACUACCCCUCUGCAUGCAAGGCCCUCGCAGCCGCCAAUCGUACGGCAGCGGUUGUAGGCGCCGGCAUCUCCGGUCGUUGCAAUCCGUUGGAAUCCAACUUCCGUCACUUCACCUCCUCCCUGGCUCCGGGUAGCUGGCAGCUGGUGGUGCGGCAGGUGCGGUGCUGGGAGGGCUUGAGGGAGUGUGUGUUUGUUAGUGUUUAAAGGGCUUCCAAGGUCAUCCCAGGUCAUCCAAGA